AUUGUUAUUCUUCAUUCCAUCCUAAGAAGCGUCGGUUUGUUGUAUUUGUAGUUAUUAUAUUUAUUAAUUUAUUAUUUACAAAGGAACGAAUAUAUCUGGAAAAUAAAAAGAUAUAUAAAAAGAGGACAUGUCUUCUAAAAUGCCGGUUGACAUUAAUCGGCUCACUGAAGGCUGGCUCGAAUUAGAAUCAGAUCCGGGGCUAUUUACGUUGCUGCUAGAAGAUUUUGGUGUACAGGGUGUUCAGGUGGAGGAAGUAUACGAUUUGCAAAAGCCAAUCGAAGGCCCAGUGUAUGGUUUCAUCUUUCUCUUUCGAUGGAUUGAAGAAAGGAGAGCACGUCGGAAAAUUGUCGAAACAACAGCCGAAAUAUUUGUCAAGGAUGAUGAGGCUGUUGCAAACAUAUUUUUUGCACAGCAAGUGGUUCCAAACAGCUGUGCAACGCAUGCACUGCUUUCAGUUUUGUUAAACUGUGACGAGUCCGAUAUUCAUCUUGGAGAGACGUUAGGAAGGCUGAAGAGCCAUACUAAGGGCAUGUCACCAGAAAAUAAGGGUUGGGCCAUUGGCAACACACCUGAACUGGCCUGUGCUCACAACUCACACGCUAUGCCACAAGCAAAACGACUACUGGAGCGAAAUGCUGGCUCAGGCGUAUCAACGGGGCGAUUCACUGGUGAAGCUUUCCAUUUUGUAAGCUUUGUGCCGAUUAAUGGACAUCUUUUUGAAUUGGAUGGUUUGAAACCGUAUCCAAUGGACCAUGGUGGUUGGGAAGAAUGUGAAGAUUGGACAGAUAAAUUCAGACGCGUUAUGGCAGAACGUCUAGGCAUUGCUACGGGCGAACAGGACAUCCGUUUCAACUUAAUGGCUGUGGUACCAGAUAGACGAAUUGCAAUAACUCACAAAUUGAAAAUGUUACGAACCAACCAGGCAAUAGUUUCCGGAACCCUUCAAAAAUUACUUAAAGCAAAUGAAGCAACAUCUGAUGGAACAACCUUUAAGACUGAAGAAAAUGGAGAACAAGCGACAUCUCAACAGCAAGCGCAGGCAAGAAGUGUAUCGCCAUCUCCACUUUUAGAUGCAUCAAACGCCUUUACCGUAAGAGAUUUGCAAUCUCUUCUAAAAAACCUCGACUCGGAGAUAGCUAUUAACGAGCAGCAUUUAAACGAUGAAAAUGAUCGUCGAUAUAUGUUUAAGGUAGAUGACUGCCGGCGAACGCAUAACUAUGACGAGUUUAUUUGUGCGUUCUUAUCUAUGCUGGCCCACCAGGGUGUUUUGGGCGAACUUGUAAGUCAACAUUUGCUUCCAUCUAAGAAAAUUGGCGGCCAAAGCGCAGUUAAUCGCAUUAGUAAACAAACCAGUGCCAGUAGUGUAUCACAGCAAAAGAAUGGCAAAUCUCCAAAAACUCCAGGACGAAGAAGAAAAGGACGAAACAAAUGCAAAAAACGAAAAUAAUUUACCACUGAACUACCAACUACAUCAUAAUAUAUAGACGUAUAAAGUAGCGUGACCACAUUGCAAACCCCAGCAGAUCAGAACACUGGAACAAAGUAAAAUACAACAGCGUAUAAUAUAGUUAUAAAAUAAUUUAAUUUUCAUGUGAUUAAAUUACUAAACGGCCGUUAGAUAUAAGGAAAA